AUGCCAUCUUCAAAAUCGUCUACUAGCCCCCCAUGUAUUCUGAUGAAAUCAAAAAAGCUACCUCUGUCGCUUCGAAUACGUAUGUGGGCUGGUCGAUACGUCUACUUUGGCAAAAACGAAUGUGGAAUGGACAAUGUUCUACGCCUUCCAUUUGGCAAAAUUGUCAAAUUUCGCACUACCUGGAACGAGGUUCAGGCUAUGGAGUAUGUUCGCAAACAUACCUCAGUACCCGUUCCAAAGAUUUACAAAGUAUUCGAGCGGAAUGAUUCUUAUAUUGAUAUUGUCAUGGAAUAUAUUCCCGGCGACAAAGCAGACUUUACUGCCAUGAGCGCAGAGGAAAUCCAGAAAUUGGGUGAGCAGCUUGCCAACUACCUGGACCAACUGCGAAGCCUCGAACCACCUGAGCCGGGCUUUAUCGGAUCGGCAACUCAAGAGUCAUUGCUAGACCAUCGCCUUGGCCAUUACCGCUUCGGGCCCUUCCACUCUGUCGCCGACUUUCAUGCCUACCUCCGCUUUGGCGGAGCUCUUGAGGAAUGGCUAUAUGAUCCAGUGGUCAAAAAGAUUCACGGAAAGUCAAGCGAGUACCAGGUUAAAUUCACCCAUGCCGAUCUGAACCCUAAAAAUAUUCGGUACCGAAACGGACGCAUUACUGCCAUUAUCGACUGGGAAUGUGCAGGCUGGUACCCUGAGUACUGGGAGUACACAAAGAUUUGGUUCGCUGAUCACGCUGUGUACCAAAAUUUCCUCGAUGCAGUCGAUGGGAGCCCAAGAAUCACAAAUUAUACCGAGGAGCUUCAAGCUGAGCGGGAUAUCUGGCGGCGUAUCAGUCCCUGGAGGUAUGAUAGCUUCUAUGGUAACCCUAAAAGCAUGGCUGCAUUUAAAAGAUCCAUUGCACGCACGCAGGAAACGCAGGGUCGGCCUGGUGAAAGCGCAGCUGCUGAUAGUUGA